CCCGCCCGCCCGCCGAUCUCCGAGCCGCCGGCCCCCGCGCCCGCCGCCCGGCGUCCUCCCCCCGCCCCCGCAGAGGGCCGACCGCCCAGACCGCGGGUCCCGGGGCUCCCUGGGCGGGGCCGACCCCAGGGAGCCCCCUGACUGCCUCCCAGAGCCGGGUAGGGAAAGGGAUCCUAGCCCGCCGCCGCCUCCGAGCUGGCCGCCAGGACUCCGGCGGCCGGAGAUGGGCGCCCGGCCCUCGCGGCGGCAGCUGCCCGCGGAGCCGCCCAUCGCCUUGGACGCGCUGCCCCCGGAGCUGCUCGUGCAGGUGCUGAGCCACGUGCCUCCGCGCGCGCUCGUGACCCGCUGCCGCGCAGUGUGCCGCGCCUGGCGCGACGUGGUGGACGGACCCACCGUGUGGCUGCUGCAGCUGGCCCGCGACCGCAGCGCCGAGGGCCGCGCGCUCUACGCGGUGGCCCAGCGCUGCCCGCCCCACGGCGAGGACGAGGAGUUCCCGCUCUGCGCCUUGGCCCGCUACUGCCUGCGCGCGCCCCUCGGCCGCAACCUCAUCUUCAACUCCUGCGGCGAGCAGGGCUUCAGAGGCUGGGAGGUGGAGCACGGCGGGAAUGGCUGGGCCGUGGAAAAGAACCUAACGCUGGUGCCGGGGGCUCCUUCCCAGACCUGCUUCGUGACUUCUUUCCAAUGGUGCUUCAAGAGGCAGCUGGUAGACUUGGUGAUGGAGGGAGUGUGGCAGGAGCUGCUGGACAGUGCCCAGAUCGAGAUCUGUGUGGCCGACUGGUGGGGUGCAAGAGAGAACUGUGGCUGCAUCUACCGGCUCCGGGUCCGCCUCCUGGACACGUACGAAAACGAAGUGGUCAAGUUCUCGGCCUCACCCAACCCAGUUCUUCAGUGGACUGAGAGAGGCUGCCGACAGGUGUCUCAUGUCUUCACCAACUUCGGCAAGGGCAUCCGCUACGUGUCUUUUGAGCAGUAUGGGAGAGACACGCGUUCCUGGGUCGGGCACUAUGGUGCCCUGGUGACCCACUCCAGCGUGAGGGUUAGGAUCCGCCUGUCCUAGCCAACCAGGGUGACCCAGCCUUCCAGAAUGUGUACUGCCAUCUGCCGGACAUCAUCAUUGGUCAAGAGCAGCUUUGCAGCCGGGAGCCAGAAGCCUGUAGACAGUGGGGGUCCCAUGUGGCCCAUUCCCGGCAGACCUCCAGUGAACCCCACUUGCUACUGCUUCAGCAUGGUGGCCCACAUGCUGUGCAAGAAACUGGAAUCCAACCAGGCUGCUCACACUGCCCCAGCUUCCUGGGGUGGGGGAAGUCACUCAAAGUGACUCAGAGAUGUUUACUUUGCUUGCAAAUUGUUUUCUUACAUGCGUGGAUGUCGGUCAGUAGACUCAGUCAACACACAAAGGCCAAACCAGGAUUUGGAAUAGUAGGGGAAAGCUGCUGACAACCUGGGACAAUGACUGGGAGGGAUCCCAGCUGCUAGCAGGGAGCAGAGGUUAGGCGGGGGUCUAUCCUUGAGGUCACUAACAGGAGCAUCAAAGGGGACCCUCUCUGCAGUCUUGGGGAGUCUCUGGGAUUCGGAUGUGGAGCCUGUGCAACCUCCUCCAGCACCACCUAUCAGCACCUGCCCAUUGGGCCUGGCUGGUGCAGUUUCUUUCAGAAUUCUGGAGUCCCUGCUGAUCCCCAAACCAUGUCCCCCACCCUACCUCCUGCCCCUACCUCAGGACAGCUCCCCUCCUACUGGGCAACAGACUGCUUUUCUCUACUCUCUGGUGUACAGACUCCAGGAGCAAGGCAUGCCACAAGGGAAAGAGCGCCUGCCUGCCUCCCUGGUGUCUCCUGCUAUCUCCCCAGCUGGGCCCAGCCAACAAACUAGCUCAAUAAAAUUGGUGCUAAAUGUGAAAUGA